UUUUGUUGUUUAUGUUCAGACGAGUGCCUUGCCUGAAAUUGUGCGUGGUGUACAAGACAUAAUCCGGUAUGGUGAAAACUAUCAUAAUAUGGUAAAUAUUACAAAUCUCGAAACUAUGACAUGUGAUCAUGAACAGAAAAGUUGCGGUUGCGGAAAAAAAUAUGGUUAUAAUACUGUCGUUUAUAACACCGAUGAGAAAAUUGUAAAAUGUAUAAAAGACGAAGAUGUAGCUGGUGAUAUAGUUGGCCAUGAUGGAAGCUAUUUGAAAAACGGCGAUGGAGAAUGUUUAGGAGUAAAAAAUCAGAUCAUUUCUACAACGAAUUGUUCUAAGGAUGAUCUCUCUCAACGUUGGUUAUGGACAGGAUUCGGGAAUAUAAUGAAUUUGAAAGUUCAUAAAUGUUUGCGGUGGAACAAUUCUACACAAAAACUCAUUACAGAACAGUGCAAUACAGCAAACAUUGCCCAAAUAUGGAAGCAAAGCGACCGGGAACUUUUAUCAAAUGGCAGAACCCUUUACAAUAAUUUCACAGGGAGUGAGCAGUAUCAAGGUUUUUAUCGAUUUCCCCGAGAUGAACUGAUGGCCAUGGUGAAGAAAGGAAACUGUUUUUUUCACAACAAGAACUGUCACAUCAACCUGACAAUCAACGCACCAAUUUUCCGGCAUCCUGAGAAACCAGCGGCUUGCAAUAUCACAUGGAAUAGUUCCGUGUAUUCGGUAUGGGGUCAGAAGUGGAAGUCAUUUUCGCCAACAAAUUCUAAAAAGUUCAUGUUGAAACCCAUUGAUACAGAAAGAAUAUCUUUAAAUAUAGCAAACGGCAAAAGAUUUUUUAAAAAAUGGUCAGGAACUUUGAUUAGGCUUUCGAUUAAUUGCGUCAUUGAAGAACACUGCGUGGUUUUGAAGAUCGAAGGAUCAUGGGAAAAAAAAACUAAGAAAAUUUCGUCACCAACAACGCCAGCGUUUAAUAGCAGAACAACCUCUUCCAACUCAGCAUCCUCUCCUGAUGGUUCACAAUUGUCUUCGAUGGUUUUUAUUGUUCCUGUGGUUGUGCUCUUUUGUCUACUUAUUGUAGCACUUGUUAUUAUAGUGUACUAUCGACGGCGCAUGAGAAGGUUAAAGUCAGAGCAGGAUCGUCCCGUAAGCGAAGAUUGCUCAGCAAAUCCGCUCGCGUCUUAUGAAGACCCUACUUUGCAGAAAUACGAUAGUCCCGGAAUCACCAUUCAUGAUGCGAAUCAUUACGAGAGGCCUACGGACAUCCCCGACCAACCGAUAUCCCGCCAAAACGAUCAAAACGACAACGAAUUUCAUUACGAUUACGCAACACGCGAAGAAACCUCUGUACUUUCAUUUGGUGUCGCCAAGCCUUGCCGGAAACAAAAUUCCGAUACCUGCCAUUGCAGUCAUACAGUUGAUAAUACGGAGCCACUGCAACCAAGUGAGAAACGCGACGAUCAGGCUUCAGAGGAUGACUCGUUCUGGGCUGAUGAUGAUAAUAAACCAGCCUACCAACAAGAACCACAGGAAAAUCCAGACUCACAUACAGCCGACAAACAUAUUUAUCACACUUUAGAGGAAGACUCACCCGAGAAUGAUAAUAGCUAGAUCAUGUAGGCAACACGAUACCGCACGAUAAUCAAGACUCAUGACUCAUCCACAAGCAACAAACCUAUCUCUAACACCUUAGAAGAACGUACACCCUAGAUUCCUAUUACAGGUGGAAAUUGGAAAACAAGAAUACCGAAGAGGAAUAAAAAGAAAAACACACCAGACUCUAUAAUAGAUGUGUGCAGGACAAGAUAAAUAGCAAAAGAAUGAAUUAUUCAUAUUUCCACAAAUGUAUGCAUGCAUGUUCGCUUCUAACAAAAUCUAAAAAGCUAAAUA